AAUAAUAAGGCCUUUUUGUAAGAGAACAAGAUAAGAAUGAGAACGGGGAGGUCCGCGCACUCUAAAAUAUCGUCAUUUUUCAUUCGUCCCUGUGUUUACCCACCGCUUCGUGCUGCUUUCCCAAUUUUGUUUUCUUUUCCAAUUUGCCUCCGAGUUGACCCACCGCUCAUCGCCGCCUCCCUCGAUACUUUCUUUCACCUCCGUCGCUGCCGUCCCGAAUCAGAGUUUUCAUCACUUAAACUGACAAGCAAGCUCUUGAAAACUAAGCUGCUGAUUCAGAAAUAUCCCGGUCGCCGUAUCCCACUGGUCAUGCGUGGAAAUUUCUUGAUGGAAUUCGAAGUUUUGUGAUUGUAUUAGCAAAAAAGUUUGCGCAAUUUGAAAUGGAGAACCCUAACAGACAGACGGGUAGUUUGGGGGUGAAUAGGACGGGGAAGAACAUAAAGAAGAGUCCAAUACACCAACCCAAUUUCAGCCACCCAAACACGGGAGGUUCUUCUAGGCCUCAACCCCAGCCCCAAGUCUACAAUAUAAACAAGAAUGAUUUCAGGAGCAUAGUUCAACAGCUGACAGGCUCACCUUUACGCGAACAAAUGGUGCCCCGACCGCCUCAAAGCUCACCCAAACCACAGAGUACGAGGUUGCAAAAGAUUAAGCCCCCCCCUUUGACGCCGAUAAACCGUCCCCGGAUUCCUGUCCAUCCGUCGCCCCCCCAUCAAUAUGGGCAUCCGCCAUUCGUCCCAACUGAUGUUUGGGGAAACCGGGCAGAGUCUCCCAUUUCAGCUUAUAUGCGGUACCUACAGACUUCAAUUGUAGACUCAGUGGGGCCUACUAGGCAAGGGAACCCUUUACCGUCUGGAUUGUUUCCUAAUCCUCAUUUACCUCCACCCGGUCUAUCCCCUAGAUACAGUCUUCUGUCCCCACGGAUCGCUCCUCUUCCUUUUCCAUCCCCGCAGGGACUUCCAUUUCUGCCCUCCCCAACUUCUCAGUUCCUUUUGCCUUCCCCUUCAGCGGGAGGUUUCUUCAAUUUGUUGUCUCCCUCCCCGCAGUCACCUUAUCCAUUGCUUUCCCCGCCGGGCAUUCACCAACCCCCGCCAUUGUCACCUAAUUUCUCUUUUUCUUCAGGAGGCCAGACAGGUACACUUGGUCCUGGGCCCCAUCCUCCGCCCUCUCCUGGUUACGGGUUUCCGUUGUCCCCUUCUGGAUUCUUCCCCCAUACAAGUCCUAGAUGGAGGGUUUAAUAGGAUUAAGAGCCCACCCGUUGUGGUUGGAAGGGCAAACUGAACCUGCUGAAUUUUCUGAAAGGAGAAGUGUUGGGUAAAUCGGAUUUCACUCAAAGGAUACUUGUAUUCAGAAUAUGCUGAUUAAUGUUGUGAAAUAGGGUUUAAAGGUAACACUUGUGUAUUCGCUUAUGGAGUUAUGGACUUAGGAUCAUUUCAGAUACACUACCAAACUGGGAGGUUUAAGUAUAGGGUCCUCUCAAAAGGAUGUAUUCUGUUUCAUUGGAUUUGGUUUAUAUUUACCAGGACUAUUUAGGAGCAUAGGUGGAACCGGUAGCAGCAGUUGUAACCCACCAUUUUAUUCCGGAUGUAAUUUGUGAGGAUGUAGGAUAAUGGAAUUUAUAGAUGCAUGCGAUCCUUUCCUGUUUAUACUCAUUCAGUGAAAUACUAUUGAAUUGUCU